CUAGACGACGGUGCUGGGUCCAAUUCGGGGUCCCGAACCGACGGGACGUGCUCGCUAAGCCGCCGUUAAAGCUCCAAGUGUUCAGUUGAGCGUCAUUGAGUGCUGCGCGCCGUGUCCAAACAAACCCGCCAGCGAUCUCAUUAUUCUGUCCUUCUUCUCGGUUCCAGACCUCUGGCCGUGUAUUAUUUGACUACCCUGGCCACGACUAGCCCUUUUCUUGCUCCGGUUCUGUGGCAUCUAUUUAUCGAACGGUAGUCUUGCGCCUGGUCGACUGCCCCUAUCCCAACCCCGUCCUCGCGAUCCAAACGCCCUGAUAUUUUUUCCCACUCCCACCCGGCCGACCCCCUUUUGCCGUCUCGUGCACCAUCACUAUCGCCUGACCGCGCCCGACCCUGUACUCCUCGACAUCACGACGCCGGCGACUCCGCGCAGCAGACCAGCCAGUCCUGCGCACCGCAGCAUGAGCCGAGAUGAGACGAUCCCGAGAAUCAUGGAGCCCGAGGCUCUAGACGACCUCCCCCCACGCCCCAUGAGCCCGCGGACCGCGCGGAUGCAGUACCGCAGCCGCCCUGUCUCGGUCGCCGUUGACCCCGUGUCGCUCGUCAUAUCCGAGUGCAUAUCCAUCACGUCAGCCAUCCAGAAGUACGCGCGCUCCCAGCACUCGUCCGUCUCCGCCAUAUUGGGCGGCGCCCCGAACCCCGUCCAGCUCGGUCCCCCAAGCCCGGGCCUGACGCGGAGCGGGCGCGGCAAGACAAAGGGCGCCGGCGGCAAGGGCAUCCUGGGUGACGCAGCCGACUUUGGGCCAGCAAACAGAUGGGGGCUCCGGGGGAAGAAGGGGAAGAGCAUGGCGGACAAUCCGCUGAUAUCCGGCUUUGCGAGGCUGCGGAACCAGCUGGCCGGUGUAAAAGAUAUACACAAUUUCGAUUCCCUCACGCUUCUCUACCCCUUUUUGCAGAUCAUCCAGACCAAGGGCACGGCGGCCCCGAUCACCAUCCUGGCGCUCCGGGCCAUGCGCAAGUUCCUCGCCUACGGCUUCAUCUGCCCCAGCUCGCCCCGCUUCGCCCUGGCCAUGCACUCCCUCUCGACCGCCAUCACGCACUGCCAGUUCGAUAUUAGUGACUCGGCCCAGGAGGAGGUCGUGUUGCUCAUGAUCCUGCACCUGAUGGAGGACAUGCUCUCGGGCCCGGGCGGCGACAUCCUUAGUGAUGAGAGCGUUUGCGACAUGAUGGGCAGAGGGCUGACCAUCUGCUCCCGUGCCCGCUUCUCCGAGGUGCUGAGGCGCACCGCCGAGGACUCCAUGAUGCGCAUGUGCCAGAUCAUCUUUGAGGACCUCAAGCACCUCGAGGAGGAGGCCGGCGAGGAGAGCGACGCGCUCGACCGCAAGACAAACGGCGAUAUGGACAACGUCAAGAUGGACCCCGCCGCAAACGACGUGCCCAAGCCGCCAUCUCAGGUCCAGGCCGCGCUGUCGGCGGAGCCGCGGCCUUCGCACAGCUCCGGGCGCAGCAGCACAGAAUCGACGCCGGCCCCUGUCCCGGUGGCCGGUGACGGCCCUGCAGAUGACCCUGCGGCUGACGGUCCUGCGGCCACAGAUCCACUCCUGGGCGAAGCCCCAGAGGCAGAGGCCCCCGAGGUCCCGGCCGGGGCGAGCGGCGAGCCCAAGGAAGAGUCGACCGAGGCAGCCAGCCGCCCUAGCACGAGCACGACCGCCUCCGGAAGCACCCAGACCUCGGAGUCGGUCGACCUGAGGCCGUACUCGCUUCCUUCGGUCAGGGAGCUCUUCAGGGUCCUCGUUAACUUCCUGGACCCCCACGACCGGAAGCACCCCGACGCCAUGAGGGUCAUGGCCCUACGCAUCAUCCACGUCGCCUUGGAGGUGGCCGGCCCGUCUAUUGCCCGGCACCCCGCACUGGCGACCAUUGCAGAAGACAAGCUGUGCUGCUUCCUGUUCCAGCUCGUCAGGUCCGACAACAUGGUCAUCCUGCAGGAGUCGCUCAUCGUUGCCGGCACCCUGCUGUCCACGUGCCGUGGUGUGCUCAAGCUGCAGCAGGAGCUGUAUCUGUCGUACCUCGUCGCGUGCCUUCACCCUGCGGUCGAGAUCCCCAAAGAGGUCAACAUCGACCCGUCUCUGUACGCCGGUAUUCCCCAGUCUCCGAAACUAGUCAAACCUCCGCCGUCGCAGUCCGGCAGCGGGCGGUCCACACCCGUGCCGGUCAAGGAUCGCCAAAAGCUCGGUCUGGAGGGUGGUGCUCGGAAGCCGGACGCUCGGCAGGCCAUGGUGGAGAACAUUGGCGUGUUGGCUAGGGUUCCGACGUUCAUGGUGGAGCUAUUCGUCAACUACGACUGCGACGAGAACCGCGCAGACCUGUGCGAGGACAUGAUCGGUCUGCUCUCGCGCAACGCGCUGCCCGACUCGGCGACAUGGAGCACUACGAGCGUGCCGCCGCUGUGCCUGGACGCGCUGCUUCGCUUCAUCCAGUUCAUCGCGGAGAGGCUGGACGAGCCGCCGGUCCUGGAGGGACUGAUCGACCCAAUCGAGCUUAGGGAGAUGAGGCGGCGCAAGCGCAUCAUCAUCAAGGGGACCAGCAAGUUCAACGAGAGCCCAAAGGGCGGUCUGGCAUUCCUCCACGACAAGGGCAUCAUCAAGGACCUUGGCGAUCCGAGGGAGGUGGCCAGCUUCCUCCGAGGCACCACACGGGUGUCCAAGGCGGUGCUGGGCGACUUCCUUUCCAAAAGGGGCAACGACGCCUUCCUCGAGGAGUUCAUCGACCAGUUCGACUUCAGGGGCAAGCGCGUAGACGAAUCUCUGCGGCUGAUGCUCGAGACUUUCCGUCUCCCCGGCGAGGCCCCGCUGAUCGAGCGCAUCGUGGUAACAUUCGCCAAGAAGUACUACGCCAAGACGGAUUUGGAGGACGUGGCCGACGAAGACUCUAUUUACGUGCUAUCGUACGCCAUCAUCAUCCUCAACACGGACCAGCACAACCCCAACUUGAAGGAAGAUAAACGCAUGACGCUGGAGCAAUUCUCGCGCAACCUGCGGGGCACCAACGGCAAGAAGGACUUCGCGCCCGAGUACCUCAAGACAAUCUACGAGGCCAUCAAGUACAACGAGAUCAUCCUCCCGGACGAACACGACAACAAGCACGCCUUCGACUACGCCUGGAGGGAGCUGCUCUCCAAGACGGACGCAGCCGGGCCGCUCAUGGAGUGCAACACCAACGUCUACGACGCUGACAUGUUUGCGGCAACGUGGAAGCCCAUCGUGGCCACGCUAUCGUACGUCUUCAUGUCAGCCACGGACGACACAGUGUUUGGCAGGGUCGUGGCGGGCUUCGACGAGUGCGCGCGCAUCGCGUCGCGGUACGGCGUGACGGAGGCACUGGACCAGAUCAUCUACUGCCUGAGCCACAUGACCACGCUGGGCAGCGAGACGCUGAGCAACACGAACCUGAACACCGAGGUGCAGGUGGCCGAGAACAGCGUCAUGGUUAGCGAGCUUGCCGUCAAGCUGGGCCGCGACUUUAGGGCGCAGCUGGCCACGCUCGUGCUGUUCCGCGUCGUGCGCGACAACGAGCACGUGGUGCGCAAGAGCUGGAAGUACGUCAUCCGCAUCUGGCUGAACCUCUUUGUCAACUCCCUCAUCCCGCCCUUCUUCUCAAGCGACGCGAGCCGCAUCAGCCUGCCGGUCAUCCCGCUGCAGAGCCCAUCUCUGGUCAUCGACCGCGGCUCCAAGCAGGCCGACACGGGCUUCUUUUCUGCCUUUACGUCGUACAUCUCGAGCUACGCCGCCGACGACCCGCCCGAGCCGUCAGACGAGGAACUGGAGAGCACGCUGUGCACCGUGGACUGUGUCAACGCCUGCCACAUGGGUGAUGUUUUUGCCAACAUCAACAGCCUCUCGGGCGAGAGCCUAGAGUCACUGGUCGACUCCCUGAUCGCCGAGAUCCCUGAGGACAACGGGGUCGUCAUCACGGUCAAGUCGGACAACAUCCCGCCCAACUCUGCGGCCAACGCGCCGAAGCCGCAGAACACGCCGACCUACGACCCGGCCAUGGUGUACAUCAUGGAGUUUUGUACGGUGCUCGCGUUGCGCGAUGCCGAGACGGUCGAGCUCGUGGGCAAGCGCGUUGCCGACUCGCUGCACGCCGUGCUCCGGGAUGCCGCCACCUAUAACGCAGUCCUCGUCGGCAGGACGUCCUUCUACCUGUUCAAGCUGCUCAAGGCCAGCUACGACUUUGACUUUGUGCGCGCCCCCGUGCUCCUGCAUGCCGUCUCAAGCUUCUCCAAGGACACCCUCUCCAGGUCCGCCGAGGUGCUGCUGCAGGGUAUCAAGGUCUGCGUCGACGAGCCCGGCCCGCUGAGGAACGAGAUCAUGACGUCGCCGGACUUUUGGGCCAUCAUGGGCACGCUGGCCCCGAGCUCCAAGGCCGCACCGACCGUGUUUGAGAUUCUCGAGAACGGUGUGGGCGAGUCACCGCUGGCUGUCAUUGCAGACAGCUACAGGCCUGCCAUCGCGCUGCUGAACGACUUCGCCUCGGCCGCUCGCGUCGGUUCCCAGGUCGAGCAGAAGGCGGCCAUUGAGCGUAGGCAGCGUAAGGGGCUGCCGCCGAAGCAGGAUAAGGCCAGCGACAACGCCGUUGUGAAGCGUGGCGUCAAGGCCGUCAACAUUAUAUAUAGCAUGACGUCUCGAAUUCCUCAGCUCAUGAACCAGUCACUCCUGGAGAACAACGAAGCGUGGGCUGCCUAUUGGCUGCCGGUGUUUAAGGCGCUGACGGCGCAGUGCACGAACCCGUGCCGGGAGGUGCGGCACCUGGCCUUUUCGUCGCUGCAGCGGUCGCUGCUGUCGCCCGACAUCACGUCGAGCGACCACCGCGAGUGGACGGCCAUCUUUGGCGAGGUGCUCUUCCCGCUCAUCCUGCGACUGCUCAAGCCCGAGGUAUUCUCUAGCGACCGCGACGGCAUGAGCGAGACGCGGGUGCAGGCGGCGUCGCUGCUGUGCAAGGUGUUUCUGCAGUACCUGGUGCUGCUGUCCGAGUGGGACGGCAUGCUGGACCUGUGGCUCAAGAUCAUUGACAUAAUGGACCGGUUGAUGAACAGUGGGCAGGGCGACAGUCUUGAGGAGGCUGUGCCCGAAAACCUCAAGAACGUGCUGCUCUUCAUGUCGAGCAGCGGGCUGCUCGUCACGCCGCAGCAAGAUCCGUCCAAGGAGAAGCUCUGGGUGGAGACGUGGAAGCGGAUAGACAGGUUCUUGCCGGACCUGCGUAAGGAGCUCGCGCUCGACCAGCAGAGCGCCGGCGAGAAGGAGGACGCCGCGCUAGUGCAGUAGAGGGAAUUUACUAGAGACGAGACGGGAGGGUUCAGCGAGUAGCCAAAGUUGAUAGCUAGAAGGCGAGUCCAUGCCACGAAGCGCCCGGGGAGGACGGCUCAGGUAGCGGACAAAAAUGGGAGACGGGCACAGGAUUGGAAUACGUGAAGCGCUAGAUUCCCCGGUGGGCUGUUUUUAUUUGUUAUAUACACUUGCGGCUGCGCGCGCAGUCGUGACGAUAGUUGUGAUAUCAGCGCAAGCGAAAAAGUAUUUGGAGGGCGCUGGGAGCGUUGUCGUGAGGGUGCUCAGGGGUUGAGCUUCCAUGGCUGACGGCCCCACAAGCAUUUCUUAUCUUAUCGCAAGCGUCAUCAGGACGGGAUAUCAAGCUUCAAUUCCAUCGCAACCAGAACCGCGCCUAGCCUUGGC